UACAAGUAACCGGUUAUUGAGUCGCUUUCCAAAACAAAAAACCUAUACACAUAUAGGCAGUUGGUCAUCCAAGGCCAAAACCAGCAAUAUCAUUUUGUAGUCUCAGUUCAGUGUGUUUUAGGAGCUAACCAGAUUGGCUUCACCCUUCUCUAUUUGAUCACUUGGUUUGGGACUUGAACUCUCUCCAGAAUUUGGUUCUUUUCCAUUGUGUUGUGUUUUCAAGAUGGGAGACGUAGCUAAGGACCUAAUUUCUGGAACUGUUGGAGGAGCAUCACAGUUGAUAGUUGGGCACCCUUUUGAUACCAUCAAGGUUAAGCUUCAAAGCCAGUCUGCUCCACUCCCUGGGCAGCCACCGAAAUAUGCUGGUGCUAUGGAUGCUGUCAGGCAGACAGUAGCCGCUGAAGGUCCAAGGGGAUUGUAUAAGGGUAUGGGGGCUCCACUGGCUACUGUUGCAGGCCUUAAUGCCGUCCUCUUUAUGGUGAGAGGGCAAAUGGAGGCAUUGUUGAGAUCAGAGUCUGGUGCCUCCCUCACAGUUAACCAACAGAUAGUAGCAGGGGCUGGGGCUGGAGUUGCUGUUUCAUUCUUAGCUUGCCCCACUGAGUUGAUCAAAUGCAGAUUACAGGCCCAGAGUGCAUUGGCACAUUCUGGCUCAGCUAGUGUGGCAGUGAAGUAUGGAGGGCCAAUGGAUGUAGCUAGGCAUGUUCUCAGAUCAGAGGGUGGCGUAAGGGGGCUCUUCAAGGGAUUGGUUCCCACCUUGGCUCGCGAGGUUCCAGGAAAUGCUGCUAUGUUUGGUGUGUAUGAAGCACUGAAGCAGUACAUGGCUGAAGGACCAGACACUAGUAAAUUAGGAAGAGGGUCUUUGAUCGUGGCAGGAGGCUUGGCCGGAGCUUCAUUCUGGAUCUUUGUUUACCCAGUUGAUGUCAUCAAGAGUGUGGUCCAGGUGGAUGACUAUAGAAACCCCAAGUACACUGGCUCCAUGAAUGCAUUUAAUAGGAUAUUAGCCUCAGAAGGGGUGAAAGGCCUAUUCAAAGGGUUCGGCCCUGCCAUGGCACGAAGCAUUCCCGCGAACGCAGCAUGUUUCUUGGCAUUUGAAGUGGCGAGGUCUGCUUUGGGCUAAAUCAAUUGCUGUUGCACUCUGAUUCCGAUUAAAAGUUUACUGUUGUUUUUAUUGAAGCCAUUUUAUGUCUGGAUUAAUCAUGAUGUUCGAUUGAAGUUUUGGCACUAUGAUGACAGCGACGACAGGAUCUCCAUUCUUCAAGAUUGCUGUAACUUCCAUUUGAUUGUAUGUACGGAAGAAAAACAUUUUUGUUUCAUCAAACGCCCAUAUUUCUGUUUUUCAUCAA